CCAAUGUCGUCAGGAAAAAAAAUUAAAAUCCACGAGGGCUGCUGAUGACAGAAGGACCUGUCUUAUAUUAGAAGCCUGAGCUCCCUUCAAAGUCUGGAAAGAGGGAAGAUGAGCCAAGAGGAAGAGGGUGAGCGAGACAGAGGGAGACAAACAGAAGGGGGAGACACUCCUAUUUUGUCUGAAACCUCUCGACUUGGACAUGUCUCAGUGAGAAAUGACCGGAGAAAAAUGAGUGUGCAUACUUGAGACACGAGAGGUGAGACUGACUCCAUUGAGAGAAAAGGGACCCGCCCCUCAUCCCUCAUCCGGCCGUGCGCGCGCCCCGCCCCUCGUCCUUCUUCUUCCAUCCACUGCAGGUUGUCAAGUUGGCAUCUCCCGCGUUCCUCCGCGCGGAUCUAAAAGCCGCAGCUUGUUUUCGCUUCUCCAUGUCAUGAAGACGGCGGCGCUCCGAACCGGAUCCAUGCGACUGGAGGCUCCGUUUCUGGAAACGAUCAGCUUCUGGAGCGACCGCGGCGAUGCGCUCCGUCCUCCCUCCACUUCUCCUCGCAUGUGUUCAGAUUGCAUUGCUGCUGUGUAGCUUCCUGCAGGUGCUGGCGGUGGAUAAUGUGGAUUUCGGAGAGCACGUUGAGACUCAGACAGGCGCGAGAGACAGUCUGAGCAGAAAACAUCACCGGGUGUACCAGCUGUACAGCAGGACCAGUGGAAAACAUGUGCAGGUGCUGGGAAGGAAAAUCGUUGCCACUGGAGAAGAUGGGGAUAAAUAUGCCCAGCUCGUGGUGGAGGCCGACACCUUCGGGAGUCAGGUGCGAAUCCGGGGCAAAGAGACCAACUUCUACUUGUGCAUGAACCGCAGGGGGAAACUGGUGGGCAGGAAAGCCAACAGUGCAAAUGCUGAGUGUGUCUUCAUCGAGAUGGUUCUGGAGAACAACUACACCGCCUGGAUGUCAGCACGUUAUACUGGCUGGUACGUUGGCUUCACCAAAAAGGGCCGACCCCGCAGAGGACCACAAACUCUCCCGAACCAGCAAGAAGUGCACUUCAUGAAGCGCUUUCCGCCCGGCGAGCAGCCGAACCUGCAGCACAGCAGCUUCACCACCGUAAGCAAGAGGAACAGGAGAACGCAGGAGACCAGCGCUAGUCCUGACACACAAUCAUAACACCCAUUUAAACCAUCACGCACUUCUAUAAAGGAUGCUGACACGGAGGAUGCUUGGACAGGAGUCAUCCUGACCAACCAGCCAGGUGUAUUUCACUUCACUUCCAGGUGGAGGUCAAAAUCAGACCAAAUACAAAUGCUGUGUAAUCAAAGAUGGCUGGGCAUGCGUCCAGGAAAUGAACUCAGAGACUCAUGACAAGGGCACACACUGCACCGCGAGCCGAGAGAAAAGCCUCUCCAGCAUCCACUCAGACAGCGAGUUUCACGGAUAUACAGUAUAUAGAUUAAAAAAUAAUGUACUGUGUAGGGCUUGUGUGUACAUUACUCCCUUCAUAGGUUAAAAUAAUCCUGCUUGAAAUGUUAAUCAAUGUUAAUAGGACAAAUGCAUAGGCAUGUGAAAUAAAACAAACAGCUAAAUGUAGCUAAAAGAGCGAAUUAUGGGACAAGAAUCGUAGCAAAAAGUGAAAUCAUGAUGGGAUUUUUUUUUUUUAAAUGUGGUUUAACAGCAACAACGUGUUGGAGUGAGCUCAUAAAGAUGCCUUGGAGUAUACACACUUAAGGGAAAAAAAACGUACAUGUAGCACCUUAAAGCAAGGAUUCUCCAUGUUUCUGCAGUCUAAUCAUUUCCACUCCGAGCAUAAUCUUAUUACUAUUCAAACUGUAUUGAAAUGUGUAUCAUAAUAUUUGGCCUAUUUAUUGCAACUAUGCAGCUUUUUAUUUGCAAACAGAACACGAGGUCCAUGUUCGAUUAACGACGAAAACUCAUAUAGUAUACCGUAAGUGGAAGUGAUUUCCAGAAUUGUCACAAAAGACCCUUGGAUAUGCUUCAGAAAGCCCUGGGGGUCUCUGGAGCUUGCACUGAGAACCGUACUUUCGGGGUUCUUCAGCGGGAGCCUUGAAAUAACAAUCCCAAAGACACGAGGUUUCUCUUUAUUACAAGCUUCCACGUAGAGCACAACAAUCCAGAGAACCCUUGGAGAUCCUUUGGAGAUUGCGAGUAAUAUGAUGGUGUGAAAUAAGUAAUGGUUCAGAUGGAAAUUUUCAUACAGCAAAUUCAGUUAUAGAAUUUAGAGAAUUAUAACGUCUUGAAAUUCAGUUCCUCAGAUCUGGACCUUAAAAAUAGCUCAUGCCUGUUUUCUGAUGAAUCAUUUAUUCAAGAGUGAUCUAUAGACCAACAAACAAGUCAUUGUUGGAAUGAUAUUGAGAAGUUUUAGUCUCGUAAUGUGUUGCUCGAGACCUGGACAUGUCAGAAUUUUCAGAAUCUGGUGCAUGGCUUGGACUCACUUAACUAUGACUUGAGUCUCAAUCUAGACUGGAGAUGAUGAAACUCAGAGUUCGACUCUGCAACUUGCAUGUUGUUAGUAAUCAGAGCUUUGUCCACGUAUAAUCAGCUGCUUAGGGGCCCUGAGCCACCAGGGGGCCCUGUAAAAAUGCAGAGUAAAAAAGAAGUUAUAUGCUUUUCUCCUAUCUUCUGGUGAUUAAAAGACAAUGGUUCAGGCUUUGGCAGGGGGCGCCCUUGUGGCCUGCAACUCGAGAGGUAUUAUUAUUUUCAACCCAAAGGUUCAACAACAUCUCUGUUAGUAAUUGUUUCUUCAGCAUUAAAUAACACGAGUCAAAGUACGCCACCACAGCUGACUGCAAUUCAUUAAAAAACCCCAGAGUUCCGCUGAAAAAUUAAAUCAUCAGAGAUGGCAACGUACCCCCGCUGCGAUAACAUUUGGGAUUUGACAUUUACAUUCGGUCGUUUGCCAGAUGCUCUACUCCAAAAACAAGUUAGAAAACAGCCAAAAGCACAGCAAUGCUCAAGAAUUAGAGACAAAUCCUGGUCUGUAAAGUGUUAGAGCCGUCUCUCAGAAGGUGGUGACAAAAAAGGGGUCAAAACUGAAUGUGUAAAUAAUACUGCAAAUAAGAAGUCAUGCAACAAGCAGUUCAAAGAAAGUGCAGAGAAAAUAAAAGGUUUUAUCCAAGAUAAAAUAAUGCCGUGAACGCGGGUAGCAGCUUCAGGACUGAGGAUAAGAUGGCUUCCACUCAGCAUGGACUUGUUCUUCCAACCUCAAAAUCAGUGACGCCCAAAUUAUCCACAUUUUUUUUUCUCUUUUGCUUUCUUUUCAGCUCCUAAACCAACCUGAACCAAGCAAGAAAGAGUAUUGUACUUUAUUUGAAGGAUUAUAUUGUGGAAAGUUAAAAUUUUUAACGACAUGUGAUCCUGACGGCAUGGAAAUAUUCGCAACUUCCAUUGUCCAGAGUUGGCUGUAUGAACUCGGACCCAGAACUACAGUGUGGUACCUAAGACUAACUCAAUGUACACUAAUGGUCACUAGUGUUUUAUGGAUCUUUUUUUUUUCUUUAAAUGACCUUCACAGUUCAUUUCACCAGGUCCUGAUCCAACCUUGUGAAAUAACUGCAAGAGCAUAAGGGUGGACGAUAUGCUACAGGAAAAAGAUUGAUUAUGCGCAGGAUUUUUGCCACACAAAAAUGGGAGCCAUCAGGUUUAAUCCAGUUUUUGUAAUGCUGGCUGGCCUGAACUAUAAACCUUCCAUGAGUAAUGUUGAAUUUUUUUAUUAAUAUGUGAGGAAUAAAACACUGUGUGUCAUGCUGUUAUUGAAGAAUAAUCAAUGACAGGGUGAUGUGAUGAAGCAGAAUUGCUCUUAGCACCCCAAACAUUGAUUGAUUAUUUUCCAAUAAAAGCAAGUCCAACAGUGUUUUAUUUUGUUCCACAAAAUAAGCCAACAACUAACUUCAAGAACCUUUUAUAGUUUUUACCACUUACAGUUAGAUUUAACUAAGUGAUGUAGCCCAUCCACAAACCGUACAUUACAGCAGCUCUCAGCAGUCAUUUCCUCCUGGGCGUGCUUAUUUUAUUUUAUUUUUAAGAAAGAAAAUUUUAAGUGCAAACUCAUUUGUUUUGGAAGGUUUUGGAAAAGUUACAGCUUUACCUCUGACUGUUUUAAAGCGCUGACACUGGACAAACGUCUCCUUACAGAAAUCUGUUAAAAAAUCUGGACUGUCAGAAAUAGGGGUCCAGUAGGAGUCAACUUCUGUCCCCCAAGGAACAAGCUACACUAACCUACCCCUCAUGGGACUUCAAGAGAACUAUGCGUACCUUUUUAGGGCCAAAAAGGUACAUAUACGUCCCCAAGCAGUAUAUAAAGGGUACAAAUAAGUACCUGAGAGGGAACUGAUCCAGUGACAAGCUGCUGUACCCCUAAAGGUACAAUACUGUACUUUAUUUUCUGAGAGUGUGUGAUUUGCAAUAUUUAAAGACUCUGAGAAUGUUGGUAAUACUGUGUAGGAUUAUGAAAACGUUUUUGAACAGAAAGGUGUAUCUUGGUGUUAUUUAUAUUGCAGUCACAAUAUCAUAUAUCAUACCGUAUCAUAUCAUCCACCCGACUGCAGAGUGACCUUGCGUCUUGCGUGUAUGAGUUGCUAAAGCUGACACAGGUACCACCCUGGAUCUGCGUGUUCUGCAUGUACAGUAUGAAAGUCAAUGUACAGUUUUGUUUUGUUUUUUUGUCCCACUGUUACUGGGGCUAAAACUGAAAGAUAAAAUAUUUUGAU